GAUGUGUUCUCGAUAUUCAGUCUCACGUCCGUGCUAGCAGUUCCUCAUUCUCUCUUUUUGCACCUUAUAAUUUCCUCGUCGGCUGCUUGGCCGCCUGGCAGUGGUACCAGCGCUGAAUGGCAACGGUCGCGGUCCCUAUAUUCGGCGGCCAUCACGCUUCUUUUCUGCCCAACUCGACCCAAUCUUCUUCGGCGGCUGUCGGUACCUCCCCCCAGUCCCAGUCAGCUCAGAUGCAAGACCAGGACCUUUCUGAAGAAUACCCUAUUCUGUAUUGUCGUGCCCUCUAUGACUACGAGGCCCAGGACGCAUCAGCUCUGUCGUUCCGGAGAAACGAUAUUAUCGAGGUCUUGACGCAACAGGCCUCGGGAUGGUGGGACGGCUUACUAAGGGAAGAGAGAGGCUGGUUCCCGUCAAAUUAUGUGACCAUCAUUUCGGAGGAGGACGCAGAGCUGGCGCUUACUGGAUCCGAUUUCUCGAACACGGACGCCUCGGGGAAUAGCAACCAACGUCAUUCCAUUGUUGACAUAUCGCACGCCAUGAUGAGGGGCUCUCAAUCAGAUAACGAAGAAUGGUUGGACAGUGAACUGAACGGGGCUGGGAGCGGGAUCGACGACCUGGCAAAUUCGAUGUGGGAGGCUGGUUCAUCCAGUGAUUUCUGGAUGCCACAAGUAGAUCCUAAUGGGCAGAUAUUCUACGUUAAUACGAAAACCGGCCAGCAGUCUCGCGACCUUCCGCAGGAGACGGAGGACGAAAUAUCGGACAGCGAUUUAGUUGCACUCACGUCGCAGGCCAGUUCACGUUCCGGUGCGAGUGCGAGACUCGCUUUCGGGUCUAACAAUACAUUUGAGCCCGCCGCCAGUGACUCCGAUACGACUGGUAACAUGGCAGGCUUUGGGCUCCCUCGUCGCUCGGGGACACCGGAACCAUGGAUCAAGAAGCUUGCAGAUGAUGGGAUGUCCUACUUCUACUAUAAUAAAGUCGAUGGCAGCGUUCAGUGGACGCGACCAGAGGCACCUCGAAACCAUUCUUCCAAAACACCGACUCAGCCAUCACAGACCACGUCUUCCUCUGCACCGUUUCAUUCAUUUCAGCCAGGAGAUACGAAUAGGUUUAGCCUGUAUUCCGAUAGCUCCGACAUUCAACCUUUUGAUAAUGUGUCCAGUGUUCGGCCAGACACGAAUGGGCAUCCCGAGCCGUUGCAGCGACCGGCUUAUGUUGACUCUCUCGUCAUGGAACUCACCGGCGCCGAACGAAUAGCCCAAUUGCUUCAGAAGGCAUUGGCACCUCCACCUGCCGAAGUUCUGACAGACUUAUCCGCGAUUGCAAAGAAUGCUAUCCAAGCGGUAGUGGAUAACAUCCAGUUGAAUGGUAUCGUGCGCAGAACAGAAAAUGAUAGGAAAAUGGACGAGAUGAUUCAUGCUGUUGUUUUGGCGGUUCGGAAUCUCCUUUAUGUGUCUGCCAUCCCUGCUGGUCAAAUCCCGAACCACCUCCUUCCCCGGAGCGUCCAUGAACGUGAAGUUAAAGCCACACAGCCGACUCCUCCAUCUCCGCUGAAGCCAGCUCAACGAAAAGUAACGGCGACAUUGUCUCGCCUCGUGUUGUCGGCACGUGCCAUGCAAUACGAUUCGGGUUCAUCACUCUCAGAUACUUUGAAUCGCAUUGAAGUUGAUGCGGAUGAACUCGAACGUGCUGUCAUAUCGUUUGUGUUGGAGGUGCAAAGAAACCGUUCUUCUUCUGUAUCGGAAAAGUCCGACAAGCGAUUGCACGGAGUCUUCUCCACCGCUAACAUCGGUUUGGGCCUUGUGGGAGCCGGCGCAGCAGGAACAUGGAAAGGUUUCGGUUGGGUGUCACUGGAAGCUGACGAACAGAAUCCGCAGAAAGUUUUAAGCGCCGAAGUUGCAAAUGAAGUAGGAUCCCAUGUGGCCCAACUGAAUCACCAGUUUGUCCAGCUCGGCACCACCCUAAAAUCACUGGACUUCGGUGCAGUUCGAUCACAGACAAAAGAUUUCAUCGCGCAGGUGUCGUCGUUCCUGUGCUUUGUCACAAAUAUCCAUAUUGCACGCCAUGUCGAUAUCGAUGGAAUACGGCAAGAGUCAAAUCAUGUUCCAAAUGAUUUGUAUGUUCCGAGUGUCAUCAACGCUCGAUUACUCGUUCGGACCUUGGAAUGCGCUGUGCAAGCUCUAUACGAUGAUGGCGCGGCCCUAUUUUUGGCAUCUCAGUCAUGGCGGGAAGGAGACGCCCAUGCCGUUUUUGACUACGCUGACAUGAUUGAGGCGUCGAUCCAGGCUAACUUGACUGUUGUCCAACAAGCGCUCGAUGAUCUUUUGUCGAUUGGUCAUGACCAGGCAGAAAUUGGCCAGGGUGAUUACAAUGGAUCGAUUGAAUGGCGCAUGUCGCGUUUGAGUAUCAUUGAUACUCAGCUUGGAGGUUCCGGAGGUUCUGCACGUCCAGUAUCGCCUAUGCCUGGCGAAUAUGAGACACCUGGAGACGACGUGGUCGAUAUAGGAUAUGUAUUCAGCAGACCGCCAGCCGCAGACCGCGCCAGCUAUCCAAGGCCUUAUCAUACACCGAAUGCCUCGAUGACGGUCUCUAUGAAUGGUAAUUCCUUCGCCGAAGCAACGGAAGAGACGGUGGUCGGAUACGAAGACGACGACGUGCAUUCUACAUUUCCGCAUGAUGAACCCAGUCCAUUCUAUGACGAAACGCAACCGCCAAAGACUCAGCGGAAAAAGGAUCUCAAGGGUCUUCUUGGUGACGAGUACAAGGAAGCACCUGAGCCUCCCGAAACACCAUGGUAUCUGCUUCCUAAGUACGAUCCAGAGGAUAUUUUGAUUGAUACCGACAACUCUGUUCGUGGAGGGACUGUACCUGCCUUGGUGGAGCGACUAACAGCCCAUGAACAAGCUGAUCGUGCCUUCAUCAAGGCCUUUAUGAUGACCUUCAAGUCCUUUACAACGGUUGACACGUUGUUCGAUUUACUUGUUCGGCGUUUUAGGAUACAGCCGCCACCAGAUCUGAAUCCAAAAGAGCUGGAAAAUUGGGCAACACUAAAGCAGCGCGUUAUUCAGAUGAGGGUCCUAAACACAUUUAAGUCAAUGGUAUUGGAUGACGAUAUUCUCGAAAAGGAGGACGUGCACAUCCUGCAGCAGAUGAAGGAGUUCAUAUCAUCAGAUGAGGUAUCUCAUUUUGCGGCGGCGAAGCAAUUGAUGCUUCAUAUCGAGAGAGCGCAAAAGGGCGGCGAUCGCGUCAAAAUCGUCCCGGUAAAUCUCACCCAGGCGCCGCCUCCUAUAUAUCCUAAACAGAACAAGAAGCUAAAGUUGGCGGAUAUUGAGCCUUUGGAAUUGGCCCGACAGCUCACUAUAAUGGAGAGCAAUUUAUUCCAGCGUAUCAAGCCUAUGGAGUGUUUGCAACGAGCACGCGAACAAAAGACUGAAAACUCUGAUAAUAUCACCACUGUAAUCCAUGCAAGUAAUCGAAUUGCAGACUGGGUUGCGGACUCUAUCCUUACUAAGGAAGAUUCCCGACGUCGUGCCUCAACAGUCAAGCAUUUGAUUAGCGUGGCUGAUCGCUGUCGCACGUUGAACAAUUUCUCUACCAUGAUCGCAAUAACAUCUGGACUGAACACUCCACCCAUUCGACGGUUAAAGCGAACAUGGGAGCAAGUCAGCCAACGAUACUUGGCUCAGUUUGGUGCCUGCGAAAUGACUAUUGAUAGCAACAAGAACUUUAACAAGUACCGUUCUUUGAUGGCGACUGUGACCCCGCCCUGCGUACCUUUCAUUGGUGUGUUUCUAUCAACACUACAGUUCAUUCAGGAUGGGAACCCCGAUAACCUUCCAGGCGGUCUGGUCAAUUUCAAAAAGCGUCAAAAAGCAUCGGAAGUCAUCAGCGAUAUCCAACGUUGGCAGGCCCAAUCGUUCAACUUCCAGCCAAUACCCACUAUUCAGCAGUACAUUGAAGAUUCAUUAUCACAAUUCAAUGAUACGACUAAGGCUACCAGCGACAUGUUCUGGGCACUCAGCUUGGAACGGGAACCUAGGGAGAGGGAGGAUGAAAAGAUGGCCCGGUUACUUCAAGAGAGCGGAUUUUUGUAGUGUGUUAAUUUCUUUUUUGCUUUUAUUGACGGGACGGUGCUUUUUGGCAAUCUGUAUUAUUGUUAAUCCUGGUACUGGUCUGUAUAUGCUUGUUGUGUACAGUAGAAUGACAUCUUCUAGAAACACUCUUUUUUCUGCAUCAUGCUAGCGUGGUAU